AUGGCACCGAAACAGAAUUUGAAGAAGGGCGGCGCUGGGACUGAUAAAGGAGAAAAAGGAAGUGGUAAGUCAAAAGCAGCAAAAGCUUUGGAUGCUAAGAAGAAGGUUGUGAAAGGACAAUUCAAAAUCCAUAAGAAAGGAGUCAGGACAUCUGUGCAUUUUCAUAGACCGCGUACGUUGAAGUUGCCACGGUCGCCUCGUUAUCCACGGAAAUCCGUUCCUAGACGCGAAAAACUUGAUGCAUAUGCGAUCAUUAAACACCCAUUGACAACGGAAUCAGCAAUGAAGAAGAUCGAAGAUACAAAUACUCUAGUUUUCAUUGUUGAUAUCAAAGCAAACAAGCCACAAAUACGACUAGCUGUUAAAAAGCUUUACAAUAUCGAUGUGCAGAAGGUAAAUACUUUGGUGACGCCAAAUCACGAGAAGAAGGCAUACGUACGUUUGGCACCUGACUAUGACGCACUAGAUGUUGCAAAUAAAAUUGGCAUCAUUUGA